AUGACAAAGGGAACAUCAUUUGGGAAGCAUUGUGACAAGAUGCACACGAUGUGCUGCUACUGUGGCUCCAAGGCCUGCCACCUGCAGAAGGACACCUGUGCCAAGCACUAGAGAAAGGAUAACUGAAGUGCCAAGGCCAAGAGGAGGAACACAGCCAGGACCAAUCACACGAGGCAACUGAAAAUUGUGUACCUCAGUCUCAGGCAUGGACUUCAUGAGGGAACAAUGCUCAAACCCAACGGAGCAGCUGUUGCAGCAUCUAGUUCAUCUGAAGGAUUUCAGCAAGUUUUGUGA